CACACCACACACACACACUACUUUCCAAACACACAUCAUCAUACACACCCACACACUUGCUCUCAUACACUCUUUGCAUUGACAUUAGCUGAUCUGAGGUCACUUACAAGGACACAGAAAAAAACUUUUGGUCAAAGUUUAGAGAAGAGUUUUGUGUGGACUACAAGAGCUCUGUAUUGUGUUUUCUCUGAGAAAAAAGGACAAAAUGCAAGCCUACCUCCUCCUCCUCUUCCUCAGCAAGAUGCUGCUGCUGAGAUUGACCUCCACAACCGUACUCAGAGGGCAAAGACAAAUCAUGAAGGUGCAUAUCAGUGCUGUUGGAGACACCAUUACAUUCAAGUUUAUGCAGCCUCAAUUGGACACCAGAUUGGAGGGAUACAUCCUGGGCUAUGGCAGCAGCAUGUUCUCCAAACAAUUUAUCCAGCUACCCAAAAAUGGAGAACCCUAUGAAACGGAGAUAGAUGCUGAGCCUAAAUAUCUGCUCGCAUUGCAGUCAGUAAAAGCUGAUGAACCUAAGAAACAGUGCACAGGGAAAGUCAAUCUAGAGAAGCCAUUACACCUUGUAAUCGGUUCAGUAACACCAUCCUCUGUGCUGCUAUCCUGGGGGACAAUACUGACAACCCCUUUCAUGGAUUCUAUUCUGGAUGAUUGUAUAGAUGAGGGACAGUUCACAGUGCGCUAUAGAGAAAAGGAACCCAGCGAAAUCUGGAAUUACCAAACCUGUCCAACCACCAGCACUGUCAUCGACAACCUCAAACCAGAUGCUCAGUAUGAGUUUGAGGUCCGAGCAGACACCGACACCACUAGUGGAGUCUGGAGCCCCCCAGCCGUCCAUAACACAGUCGAUCAAAUCAUUAAUGAGCCAUUUGAGGAACUGAAUCAAGCAAAUCCUGAGAAGCCAGUCUUAGCAGGUCGACCAUCAUUCUUGCCUCCAGUACAAGUCUUGUACAAGACCAUUACCCAGACCAGACCAUUACCCGCCCCCAACAUCAGACAAACUGCACUUCCAGAACCAUGGAAAACUUCAGGAGCUGGGAAUCCCAUGGCAUCUUCUAUCCCUCAUGAUGAUCUGCCCAGCUCUACCCAGGCUCUUCCGUCCACUCACACACCACCGAUCAUCCUGCCCACACGAAAGACCAUAAGCAUAGUUGACCAAUCCAGCAGUCAGCCCAGAACAAACAAACCAGAUUGUCUCAUAAAACAGCAAUGUAUUAGCAUAACCCCACAACAACCUACAACAACCGAUCAACCUAGCUCAACCCAACAACAAACCAGCACUUCAGCACACAGCACAACCCAACAACAGCCCAGUACAACCCUAGAAUAUUCCAUCAAAACACAGAUCCCAACCAAAGAACAACCACAUACUACCAAGCUGCAAAAGAUCACAGCCCAGCAACAGUUUAGUGAAACAACAUCUAACACCACACCAACACAAAAUCCACCCACAACCAAACCGCCACUUCCCCAAAUCAAACCCCAACAACACACCACAAACAAAGUCCUACCUAGCACUGUCCAGGAAUAUCCCAACCCCUCUAAGGAACAGGACAGCGUAACUCAAGACAGUCGCCAUAAAGGAGAAAUCCAGCCCAGCACGCCUCGUUCACAAGGCACGUCUAAACACCAAACCAUUAACACAUACCAUUUCCAAAGAAUUACCUCUCAAUAUCCAUCCUGUGCAAUCACACUCUCUGAACAACAGGCAAACACCAAACCACCACCAAGAACACACACAUAUUUGUCCACAAAUGGCCAUUCACCAACAACUACAUCUUUGACUCCACCCAUUACUUUAGCAAACAGGCACAAGGAUUUUGUGUCACUGCAGAUGACUGAUGUAAGCAAACAACCAAUUUUUAGUACUUGGCCAUCCAUCUCGAAAGAAUAUUCUACAAAUCACCUUCCUACUACUAAAAAAACACCUCUUACUGUGAAUGGACAGGAACUGACACCACACCCUAUACAGCUACCCACCACCUAUUGGUACCAGCCCAAACCCAGCACCACAACUCAGCAUUCCAGUACAGUUAAACCGCAAACUAGCACUGCUAAAUAUAACACCAAAACUGAAUUCCAUGUUACAAAUCUAAUUUCUAGCCCUAAAGAACAGUUGCCAACCCUGAAGCCCAAAAAGUCAAACCCUUUAACCAUAUUUGAUGCCAUUCAAAACUCCCCUGUGGCAGAGAAGGUAACAGAGUGGAAGAAUCAACCAGGUGGACAAACGGCAAGUUCCCAGCCAAAGGAUGAACAGAUUCUGUCACAGCCAACACUUACAAAUGAGGCGGUCAUUAGGAACCAGGGCAGAGGUAUCAUCCGCAACUCUUCUUCUGUUUCCCGCCCCUUGGCACGCAAUGUGACACAGAAACUGAGGCCUCAUGCUCGUGUCCCUUCAAAUCUCACUACAAAGCUUUUCAAGCCACCCCCUGUGAAUCGAAACUCCACCCUCAACAUGAAAAGGGUGCCCAGUGGUGAGCGUCAUAUAGGCCUUUGGGGGGCCAAAACUCAGAAGGAGCCCAGAAAGCAUCUGGUGAAGACGAAGCUGAACCAGGCCUCAGAGACUAAAGAAAAGGAAAAGGUUAUUGAUCUGAAGCAGGUGGACCCAGUGCUACUUCUGAAACAUCUAGCUUCUCCAACUACUGAAAAUACAGCCAAUCGAGAGCCUACUCCAACAACACCACCACAAUCUGCUUUUAACGGUAGUCGUUUUGACAUAGGUGAUAACUCCUCUGUGUUCAGCCCUCAUCCCGUAUCUGAGGUGGAUGCAAUGGGCAAGACACGUUUCGUAGCACCUCACGUGAUCUAUAGAACAGACAAACGUCCAGAGGAACCCUGCUCAGUUACUCACUCGCUUAGCUUCUUUCCUGAUGAGGAGGUGGGAUACUUGAAUGUUACUGGCCCACCCAAGACCUCUCCCUCCAAUCUUACUGUGGUUACAGUGGAGGGAUGCCCCUCAUUCAUCGUCCUUGACUGGAAAAAUACAGACAAUGAGACUACAGAAUAUGAGGUUUCUUCCUCCACCAAGGGUCCGCAUGGAGAGGAACUGUCCAUCCUUAUAACAAAUCAAACUCAUACAGCUGUGGAAAACCUGAAACCAGAGAGCAGUUAUGAAUUCAAAGUGACACCCAAGAACGAGCUCGGUUCAGGGCCAGCCAGUGAUCCAGUCAGCUUUAGUACAGAGUCGGCUGAUCCACGUGUGAGUGAGAUCCCUACUGGUAAAACUGCCAUCUGGUCAUCAUUUCCAUUCAAGUCAGACUCGUACUCCGAGUGCAACGGGAGGCAGUUCAUAAAGCGAACCUGGUACCGGAAAUUUGUGGGUAUCCAGUUGUGCAACUCUCUUAGAUAUAAGAUCUACCUGAGUGACUCUCUCACUGGGAAGUUCUACAACAUAGGAGAUCAGACAGGGUAUGGGGAGGACCACUGUCAGUUUGUUGACUCAUUCCUAGACGGACGAACCGGUGGUCCUCUUUCACCAGAACAGUUACCAUCCAAACAAGGCUAUUUCCGGGCUAUGCGUCAAGAGCCUGUCAGUUUUGGGGAGAUUGGAGGAAAUUCCCAGAUCAACUAUGUGGCCUGGUAUGAGUGUGGGAUCCCCAUUCCAGGAAAGUGGUAGGAUCCUGAGGCACAGAUGGAAGAUACGACUGAAAUGAAACAUCAGGUCACAAGAGAAGUGGUGUUGUGCAAGAUUCGAUACCCUCAAAGUAUCCUAUUCUCCUUGGACCCCAAGAGGUAGCUGUGUAAUGCCUGUUCAAAAAUGUAUCAAGAUUGUGAUAUCUAGUUCUAGAUAAUCAAAAUAGCCUUCUUGUUUUUCAUUUUGUAGCAGUGGUAGCUACAAAUUAUAAAUAGUAGGUCUACAAAGGUACAAAAUUAAUAUAAUUCUAGCAAAAUUGAAGAAAGAACGCAAAAUAAGUAAUUUCAAACCAAAUCUGGCCAAAAAGGUGUUUGUAAGUUUGAUUCGGUAGUUUGAAACAGCUUGCCAGCACGAACACAGGAAAAUAUUGUACCGCUAAUGUUACACUUUCUCACUGCGAUUGGUUCACAUUAUCGGUGGGUGAAACCCGGUACCCUACCUCCUUUGAUGCAAAAAAAAAAAAUUCUGGUUCAUUUCUCCACUCGUUGACAUCAGUAAAUAUGAACACCCUGCAGUGCAGAAUUGUUGAGCUAGUGCAAACUAAACGCGAUCUGGACAAUUGUUCGCAUAAACACAUUUUCCAAGACCAUAUAGUGAUUGUUUUUAAAUUGAGUAUACAAAAGUCUGUAAAAUACAAUAUUAAAUGGUAACCAGUUCAGAUUAUGUCCACGUAUAGCAUGUAAGCAUUAGCACCAUGAAGGCACAAUGUAAACAUUACACAUUAUCUUAUUAUAUUUUACUUUAAAUCAUCACAGAGUGGUUAAAACAGCUUAUUUUCCUGAUUUUGUGUAUUCUACUCAUAGAAUGAGGCAAUAAUUAAUAACUUUCAUCUUAUAGUUAAUGUUUUACAUUUAGUUUCUUGACAGGACAGCAUGCAUCUAAAUGCUUCGCUAAACCCCGGCCCAAUCGCGGCAUGGACAGAUCGCAAAUAAUAUACUGUUGCAACCUUUUUUACAAACUGACCAAGUAACUUGUGUGGGGUAUAUGCUAGGCUAGCAGGUUAAAAGAUUUGUGUAGGGAUGUCCCGAUACCAAUACUGGUAUCAAUUUUUAUGCACUAGUACUUAAAAACAAAAAACGAUACCAUCUGACCUGCGAAUGACGUUACUUAAACAUUCAUCGUACAUAUUAAAAUCACGUCAUGUAAUUGUGAGAUUAUUAAACAGCAAAAACUGUGAUUUAAUUUGCUAAAUAUAUCGUUUGUAUAUGCAGCAUUUUAAAUGUGAGUGCUUGUGAAUGUGUGGAGCCUGUGUUGUGUUGACAUUAAGACCAUUUAGAGCUUGUACAUGGAAAAACACCAUCAUGUUCUGAAUAAAAGCACUUAAUUUGACAAAGAAUAAUACAAUAUCAUAUUGAAAUUUUAUUGUUAUACUUUCAUUUGAUUUAAUUUUUAAUGAAUUUAUUUAAACAACAUUUUUAUGAUCAAACUGGAAAAAAAAACUGUUAAUAUGGAGUUCAGAAAUAAUAUUUAAAAUCAAAAACAAAAAACAUAUAUCGGACUCUGUAUCGGCGCGUACCAACAAAAAAUUAUUGGAACUCAUCCUCAUUCUCAAAAAAAUGGGACAUCCCUAGAUAUGUGAUAUUCUAAUCUUUAGCAGGCUAGCAGCUAGCACUAUUUUAUUGGCUAACAACAUGCUAAGUUAGUAGCCCAACCAUAACCAUAUCCGGCUAUAUGGUUAUGUUAUAUGAACAUACAUCAUAAAGUGAUUUUGUUGGAUUUAUAAUCAAGCACCAAACACAAUUAGAAAUUCUUUCAGCCAAUAGAAUCACUUUGUGUUCAAGGGGUGUAGGAUUAUUGGGGGGAUAGAAUCUUCCACAACACUGACUUGUUAUAUGAUUAAUGUGUAUAUAGAGUGAUUUUGUAGGUUGUGUAUGCAUUUAAGUUUUUGGUAAUCAGGCACAUAUAAAAUUAUUUAAAUGCUCAAGCAGUGCAUUAAACAGAGAAAACAGAAUGAAUAUUACCAUUAAGAGCAAGAUGUUUAAUUUGGGAGAAAAAAGGGAAGCAGGCUCCCUCAACGGCUAAAGCAAAGUAUAUAUUAUUUAUCAAAAUGUUGAGAUGGCAAUAGUUACAUAUUUAACUAUGUUUGUUUGUACACAAUAAUCUCUGCAACAAACAUUAACACACCUGCCCAACUGAAAGGAAUUUUCCAACUUCCGGAAUGUUCAGUAUAAGUUAACCUUUAUGGACAACUGUGACUUACUCUUGAUCACAGACAAUCAUUUUGACUGGUCCCUCAGCUUGUACGAUCAAUUGUAAAAUUGGGUGUACAGUAAUGUACAUACAAUGGAGGUUUAAAGCUGAAAUGUGCAUUUCAUAUUUUUAUUAAAGUGGUUAUAUUAUUUUUUUCCAUUGAAACUUGUUUUUUGAGCUGUAAAGUACAUCAGCCUUUUAGUUAUAUGGUUUUGACCACUGUUCUUGGUGGAUUCACUUCUGGUUUUUUGAUAACAUUGCAAGCUUAACAGCAAAAGACCAAUUUUAAUAAGGUGAAUUUUAAGACUAGGUCAUAUAAAUUCUCAAUAUACACAGCUCUUCAAAGGACAGUUAACCAAAAAAAUGAAAAUUCUCUCAUUUACUCACUCAUGCAUCCCUUUUUCUGUAGAACACAAAGAUUUUUAGAAGAAUAUCUCAGCUCUGUAGGUCCAUACAAGUGAAUGGGGUCCAAAACCAUGUCUUUUGAAGUGAACAAUCGAAUCGGUUUUGGGUGAGAACUGACUCAAAUGUAACUCCUUUUU